AUGUAAAAAUAUUAGGCAGCAAUUAUAGGCAAGAAGUCCAACUAACCUGACAUAAAUUGGACUGAUUUUAACUGGCCUCCACUUAUUAAGAUCUUUCAUUUCGACUUGAGUGAAUUACAAGAUCCGUAUAAAUCAUUAGCACGUCUUCUUUACAUUUCCUAUCUAUUAAUAUUCGGCACAACAUGCUUGAAUCUGUUGGAUAGCUUUAUUUAAGCUGGAGUGGGAUAUCCCAAAAUCAGAAUAUUAUAUGGAUUUCUCAAUAUCUUCAUAUUUAACGGAAUCCAAAUGUACAUAUUUUACAGAGGAUACAAGGGACUGUGUGCUGAUUAAUCUUUAUUAAAAUGGUAUAAGAUUCUACACUUGGUGGCUGGAAUCUUGUGGUUGAUAGUAAGUAUCAUAGAUGCUUUGGGUUGGAAUGGGUUUGUAAGAGCAGCCUACUUUGGAGAUCAAGGCGAAGGAGGAUUAGUGUUCCUCUCCAUCAUGGAAAGCUUAGGAUUUUUGUUUAGUUUCAUUCUAGCUCCAGUCUGUAUUUAUAAAGUCCAUACCUUUGUGUUUGAUACUAUAGAAAUGACAGAUAAAUUAUGA